UCGAGUCGCCAAGAUGUCGUUUGCAACUUUAAUUGCCGUUUCUAUAUAUUACACCCAAAUUCAGGCUUUCGGUGCUUCUUAUCAUCACUUCUCACUGAUCUCACUUAUUCUCCUUCACGCUCCAUCGUCUUCCUCUUCCUCCUCAUCACCAUCAUUAGUACGUUGCGUUCUUCAUUCUGCAAUCAGAAGCACGGAGUGAUGGAUCCUCCAUUGAUGAUGAAGACCUUCGUUCUUCAGGCACUCAUCAUGCUGGCCAUCGUCUCAGUGACGAUGCUGAGCUGUGAAGCGCAGAGUCUUCAGCUUCGAGUGGGUUUCUACUCAGAAACAUGCCCAGACACAGAGGCCAUUGUGAGAAGCGUGGUGAACGACGCCGUUUCUUCGGACCCGAACAUGGCGGCCAUCUUGCUCAGACUUCACUUCCAUGACUGCUUCGUUGCGGGAUGUGAUGGGUCGAUUCUGAUAGAGAACGGGGAGGAAUCGGAGAAGAAUGCGUUCGGGCAUCAAGGAGUGAGAGGAUUUGAUGUGAUAGAGAGAGCCAAGACUGAAUUGGAACAGACAUGCCCUGGUGUCGUUUCGUGCGCUGACAUUGUCGCUUUAGCUGCCAGAGACGCCGUCGUCUUGGCAAAUGGGCCAUCAUAUGGGGUCCCGACGGGUAGGAGAGAUGGAUUGGUAUCCAACAAAUCGCUGGCAAAUGAAAUGCCUGACGUGUCUGACUCUAUAUUCCAACUCAAAUCCAAGUUCCAAAACAAAGGCCUCUCUCCUAAAGACCUUGUCCUUCUCAGUGCUGCUCAUACAAUAGGUACCACAGCCUGCUUCUUCAUGACCAGAAGACUAUACAAUUUCAUGCCGGGCGGCGGAUCCGACCCAUCGAUCAGCCCAGAAUUCCUGCCGGUGUUGAAGUCGAGGUGUCCGGAGAACGGUGAUGUGAACGUCCGGCUGGCGAUGGACGAUGGGAGUGAAAGGGAAUUCGACAAGCACAUAUUGCAGAACAUAAGGGCAGGAUUUGCAGUGCUGGAAUCUGAUGCAAGGUUAGCCGAUGAUGAAGACACAAGGACUGUCAUAAACUCAUACUUUGGUCCAAUGUUUGUUCCAUCUUUUGAAUCUGAGUUUGUUGAUUCUAUUGUGAAGAUGGGCCAAAUUGGAGUCAAGACUGGUUCUCUUGGACAGAUUAGGCGUACAUGUUCUUCAUUUAAUUGAACUUCAUUAAAGAUGAAAUCUAUACAAUUAGUGCUCGCCACUAUAUAUAUUACUCUCAAGUUUUCUAGGCUGAAGAGGGUAUAAAUAAUUAAGUUGAUGAUUAUGCUUUUUUUUAAUUAAUAUUAUUAUAUGUAUAGUUUAAACGUUGUAUUUUUUAAACAUAUGGUGUUUUAGUAAUCAUGAAUUAUUCUUGUACUAU